AUGCACAAAUCACUCUCAAAAUUUGUUGACAGAAAACGCAGCCAGAAGAUACCACUUCCUGAACUUCCUCCCACCCGCUGCUAUGCCCUAACUCCUUCGCCAUCUCAAGAAGCCUUGGUCUUUACUGAUGCCUCUGCCACAGCCGACAGCGACUUUUUUCAAUUGCUCCCAUUUGAGUUGCGGCGCAAGAUUCUCGUGGAAGCUUUCGGCAAUCGCACCGUACACAUAGACCUAGUGUAUGACCACCCGAUUUUACCGCUAGAAGACCGGAAGAUUACCCCAUCACUCCACAAUCGCCAUGCAUAUUUUGCGCCCCCAUGGCUGCGAUCGCAAGGUGAACUCUGGGCUUUUAAAGAAUGGUACUGGCAGGGCUCUGUGUGCCAUCGCGAAUCACCGUCUGUGGCUGGCACACCAAUGGCCCACCCUCUUUGGAAGGAUGAAUGUCAUCGCGGCGUGGACUCGACGUGGUGUAGCUUUCGGCCGGGAAUGUCGAUGGAUAUAUGCUGCAUUGGUGUUAUGGGCUGGCUACUUUCCUGCCGCCAAGCUUAUGUGGAGGCAAUUGAUGUCCUCUACUCGACAAAUACUAUCCAUAUGGCAAGCAACGCCAUGAUCCUCAAUUUACCUAGACUGCUCUUACCGCAGCGCUUGGCUAGCAUCACUUCAAUUGAGAUGCUGUGGAAUUUACACCCCUUCCGUGAGAGCAACGUCAAUGACCCACUAGACUCCGACCCACGAGCCUUUCAUUGUCUUUUACAGGCCAUGCCACUAUUAUUUCCAGGUUUACGCAAACUAUUUAUUUCCUUUCACGGAGAUGUCCUGCCGCCCGGAAAAGGUUCCAAUGCGAGGUUUGAAGCAAGUGAAUCCGCCAUUCUACGUCCGAUUGAUGAAAUGGUUGGCCGACUAAAUGCUCGAGAGUGUCACGUUGCUGUUCCAACAUCCAUAUAUGUGCCAAGAAAGCUGAAAGCAACUGGAACUGGGAUAUAUCUAGAACCCAGCAGGCUGCGUAAUGUCUGGGAACGAAUCUGGCGGCCGCUUUCCAACUCGGAUGAUCAGGAUGACGAUUCUUCAUCUCAUCGAGGUUAUUGGCUCUAUCAUGGAAAAGUUGACAUGCCCUGGAUCUACAAGUAUGGAGAAAAGUAUCCUCCUGAUGACGAGGUACUCUGA